CGCGUGGGGCAGGCGGCAGCGCGGGCAGCCCGCGGGGGCCUCAGCGGGAAGCAUGGACGACGAGGAGGAGACGUACCGGCUGUGGAAGAUCCGCAAGACCAUCAUGCAGCUCUGCCACGACCGCGGGUACCUGGUGACCCAGGACGAGCUGGACCAGACGCUGGAGGAGUUCAAGGCGCAGUUCGGGGACAAGCCCAGCGAGGGCCGCCCCCGUCGCACCGACCUGACCGUGCUGGUGGCUCACAACGAUGAUCCCACCGAUCAGAUGUUCGUGUUCUUCCCCGAGGAGCCCAAAGUGGGCAUCAAAACGAUCAAGAUGUACUGCCAGCGCAUGCAGGAGGAGAACAUCACCCGGGCCCUGAUCGUGGUGCAGCAGGGAAUGACCCCCUCGGCCAAGCAGUCCCUGGUUGACAUGGCUCCCAAAUACAUCCUGGAGCAGUUCCUGCAGCAGGAGCUUCUCAUCAACAUCACGGAGCAUGAGCUGGUGCCAGAGCACGUGGUCAUGACAAAGGAGGAAGUAACAGAGCUGCUGGCUCGAUACAAACUCAGGGAGAACCAGCUCCCCAGGAUCCAGGCCGGGGACCCCGUGGCCCGGUACUUUGGGAUAAAGCGUGGCCAGGUAGUGAAGAUCAUCAGGCCCAGUGAGACGGCGGGCAGGUACAUCACCUACAGGCUGGUGCAGUGACACAGUGGGUGUGAGGAGCUGGGAGACUCCCACCAGCAGUUCACAGGCACUCAGAGAUUCCUGCCCUUCGGAGAUGGCCAAGGAAAUCCUCUUCCCACGUUGCCUCUCUGCAGCCCCAUCGCUGGGCUCAUUCCCUGUCUUCCAGCUUGGACUUUGUGGUAACCCCUCAGUCCCAUCCAGGACUCAGUCACAGAGAGCUGAAGUGAUGGCAGGAAAUGAGUGGGCAAGGCCUUUGCUUCCCUGUUCUAUGGGCUCUGGUUUGAAAUAAAGGUUUGUCCCCUCA